AUGUACAUUAAACAGAUCAUCAUCCAGGGUUUCAAAUCCUACAAGGAGCAAACCGUCAUCGAGCCCUUCUCGCCCAAGCACAACGUCAUUGUCGGCCGCAAUGGCUCGGGCAAGUCCAACUUCUUCGCCGCCAUCCGCUUCGUGCUCAGCGACGAAUACACCCAGCUCAACCGCGAGGAGCGCUCGGCAUUACUCCACGAAGGCGCAGGCUCAGCGGUGAUGAGCGCGUAUGUGGAGGUCAUCUUCGACAACAGCGAUGAGCGUUUUCCCACUGGCACCAAGGAUGUCAUCUUGCGCCGGACGGUAGGCCAGAAGAAGGACGAGUACUCGCUGAAUCGCAAGAACACCACCAAGCAGGAGAUCAUGAACUUGCUGGAGUCAGCCGGUUUCAGCAAGAGCAAUCCUUACUACAUCGUGCCGCAAGGUCGCGUCACCCAAAUCACCAACAUGCAAGACCCGCAGCGUCUGGCGGUGUUGAAGGAGGUCGCGGGGACGGAAGUGUAUGAGAAGCGUCGCGCCGAGAGCCGUCGCAUCAUGGAUGACACAGAGCAGAAGCGAGGAAAGAUUGACGAGACCCUUGAUCACAUCCGGCAGCGGUUGGGAGAGCUGGAAGAGGAGAAGAAGGAGCUUCACGAGUUUCAGGAGAAAGACAGGGAGCGAAGAUGUCUUGAAUACACCAUCCAUCGCCAGGAGCAGGAUGCGCUGAACGACGCCAUGGAGAAGCUGAACGAAGAGCGGGAGAGUGGGAACGAGAGGACGGACGAGAAUAGCGCGCAGUUGCAGCAGCAAGAUAUUGAGCUGGAAGCGAUUGACGACGAGAUGUCAGAGCUACAACAGCAGCUGAGGAUGCUGCAAGAGGAGAAAGCGCAGCUGGAGACAGACAGGAAAGAAUCGGCCAAGGAGAAGGCGAAGAUUGAGCUCGAUGUUCAAUCUAUGACCGACAACCAGUCUGCAGCCCAGCAAGCUCAAACGCAACACGCCGCCGAACUCAAGGACGUUCAAGCUCAGAUUGCGCAGCGCGAGAAUGAACUCGCACAGCUGCUUCCGCAGUACACUGCCAAACGCGCCGAAGACAAGACAGCUCGCCAGGAACUGCAAGAUGCUGAGCAGACCAUUCAGCGGCUCUAUGCCAAACAAGGUCGUCAAGCACAGUUCAAGAACAAGCGUGACCGUGACGCCUGGCUCAACAGCACCAUCGCCGAUAUCAAUGACUCUCUCGCCACCCGCAAGGCCAUCGUCAUGAACAGCAAUGAAGAGAUAGCAGAGCUCGAGACCCAGAUCGGACAGCUUGAGACGGAGAUCGCAACACUCCGCUCCCGCAAUGAGAAUCGAGGAGAUGAACAGCAAGGCUUGUCUGCAGAGGUUCAGCGCGCAAAGGAUGAACAACACCGCCUUACCGACCGCAGGAAGGAGCUUUGGCGCGAAGAGGCCAAGCUGACUUCGGUCAUUGAGAACGCGAAGCAGGAGCUGGACAAGGCGCAGAGCUUCCUCCAUCGAAUGAUGGACCAGUCGACGUCCCGAGGCUUGCAGAAUGUGCGGAGAAUCGUUCAGAAGCACAACAUUGAAGGCGCUCACGGCACCUUGGGCGAGCUGUUUGAGUUUUCCGGCAAGUAUCAGACAGCGAUCGAAGUUACGGCGGGCACCUCCCUCUUCAACUAUGUCGUCGACGACGAUGAGGUCUCUACUCGGAUCACUGAGAUAUUGAAGAAGGAGAAGGGCGGCAGAGUUACGUUCGUGCCUUUGUCGAGAAUCCAGAACAGGGGCGCUCCCAACUUACCCAAGGCCUCCGACGCUGUGCCGUUACUUUCGAAGCUCAAAUACGACGCGAUAUACGAACCGGCGUUCAGGCAGGUAUUUGGCAAGACCAUCGUCUGCCCGAACCUGCAGGUGGCGGCGCAGUAUGCUCGCAGCCACGGCGUCUCAGCCAUUACUCCUGACGGCGAUCAGAGUGACAAGAAGGGUGCUCUGACUGGUGGUUGGCACGAUGUCCGCUCCUCUCGCAUCGACGGCCUCAAGCGCGAAAAGACAGCCCGCGAAGAGUGGGAGAGCGCCACGGAGCGCAAGGCUGAAGUUGUCCGCGAGGUCGACGAGGUCACGCAGCUGAUCACGAGGUGUCUUGGCGAUGUUCAGCGGGUAGAGCAGAAGCGGAUGCAGCUUGACAAUGGCUACGCACCCCUGCAACAGGAGCUUCAACGGCGCAAUGAGGAUCUGAAUGCGAAGAAGGACGAGCUUGAUGCUAAGAUACGCCACCGUGAGAAUGUUGAGGGGACGGUGCACGAUCUGGGCGAGCAGUUGGCCGGCUACCAGACUGAGUUGGCAGGUGACUUUAAGAAGGCAUUGUCAAACGAAGAAGAGCGGCUGCUGGAGUCUACGAACGCAGAGCUGUCAGAUUUGAGGAAAGCUGCCAACGCAUUAUCGGCGGAGAGAGGCGAGCUAGAAGGCCGGAAGAGCAUGCUGGAGUCAGAGUUGCGCGAGAACCUCAGGCUGCGACUGGACCAACUGAUGGCUGCCGGUCUCGAUGCCAGUGGAGAUGGCAACACACGCGGCAGUGGAAAAGGUAGCGCAGCAACCAGACUAAAGGAACGGCAGCGCGACCUCAAGCGCGUCUCUUCCGCCCUCGCGAGCCUGUCCAACGCGCUUGCGGAGAACGAAAGCAGCAUCGAGGCAGCCCAGGAGUCCCUCCAGACUACGAUCCAGAAGCACGAAGACAAGAAAGCGAGCAUCGAUCGCCUACGCACAGCCAUCGCCUCUCACCAGAAAUCUAUCUCAAAAGCCGCCAACAAGCGCUCUCUUCUCUCGUCUCGUCAAGCCGAAGUUGCUCUCAGCAUUCGCAACCUGGGCGUACUUCCCGAUGCCGCCAUGAAAUCGGACAAGUACCUCAACAUGUCCGCCGCAUCCGCCACGAAGAAGCUCCACGCCGCGCAAGAAGGCCUCAAGAAGUUCGGUCACGUGAACAAGAAGGCCUACGAGCAGUUCGCGCAGUUCGAGAAGCAGCGAGAUCUCCUCGAAGACCGCCGCCGUGAACUAGGCAAAAGCGACGACGCCAUCCGCGACCUCAUCGAUGUCCUCGACGCACGCAAAGACGAAGCCAUCGAACGCACGUUCCGCCAAGUCAGCCGCGAAUUCGCGGGCAUCUUCGAACGUCUCGUCCCUACCGGCCGCGGCAAGCUAGUGAUCCAGCGCCGCUCCGACAAACAAGCCAACGCCCGCAACGGCGAGGACGACAACGACAACGACGGCGAAGCCGAGCGCGCCGGCGGCGGGGGCGUGGAGAGCUACACCGGCGUCGGCAUCUCGGUGUCCUUCAACAGCAAGCACGACGAGCAGCAACGCAUCCAGCAACUCUCCGGCGGACAGAAAUCACUCUGCGCUCUAGCCCUCGUGCUCGCGAUCCAGGCUUCCGACCCAGCCCCUUUCUACCUCUUCGACGAGAUCGACGCGAAUCUGGACGCGCAGUACCGCACUGCUGUGGCGGAGAUGAUUCGUAAGAGCGCUAACGGGGAGGAGGGCGCGAGUCAGAGUCAAGGCGGCAGUGGAGGGGGAGGAGGGCAGUUCAUUUGCACGACGUUUAGGCCGGAGAUGGUGUUGGUGGCGGAGAAGUGCUAUGGGGUGAGUUAUGCGAAUAAGACUAGUGCGAUUGAUGUGGUUAGUCGGGACCAGGCGCUGGAUUUCGUUGAGGGGCAGGUUGGGGGACGGUGA